GUCUCGCCGUUGCCUCCAUGAUGAUCCGCCCCUACGCAUCACAUGAUCGUUCCCUUGAGGAUCGUCUGUUAUCUUAUCCCACUUAGUUAGGGCUUAUUUGGCACUCUACGACCUCUACCUACGUCUACAGAAUCCAGUUAGACGAGACGAUUUGGUCGUUCAACUCUGUCACGUUUCGUUCUACAAAAUUUCCUAAUUACAACUCAAUUGCAAAGUCGCCCUCAAUCACCAUAGCUGGCUGCUAUACCGCAAACAUCACACCACCAUGCCUCCUCAAUCCGCCAUAAUCAUCGGGGGCUCGCUCUCGGGCCUCCUCGCCGCCCUGACCCUCUCACCACACAUCCCCCAAACCACCAUCCUCGAAAGCACGCCCGCAGCCUCGACCCGCCACUCGCAGGCCGCCGGCAUCUCGCCCGGCCCGGACUUCCUCGCCUUCAUGGCGCGACAUGACCGUACCGGCCGUGCGUACACGGUCGGCAAGGCACCGGCCUCUGUCGUGGGGCUUGACGGCGCGAUCGUGAAGCCCAUGGGCGCCGUGCUGGAGCUUAGUUCUUGGAGUGUGUUGUAUGCGAUCCUGAGGGCGAAUUAUGAUGGAUUUUCCAGUGUGGUUGUGCCAGAGCCGCCGAGCGGGGUGGCCGGUGGGACGUAUCUGAGUGGGAGGAGGGUUGUUGGGGUGGAUCUGAGUGAUGAGAAGGUGGUCCGGGUGAAGUGUGCGGUCGAGGGCAGGGGAGAGGAAGUGUAUGAGGCGGAGAUGGUUGUAGUUGCGGACGGGAGCUAUUCGACCGUGCGGGAGCUACUGUUUCCGGGGAGUAGGCGGCGGUAUACGGGGUAUGUGAGUUGGAGGGGGACGGUGAGGGAGGCGGAGAUUAGUGAGGCGACGAGUGAGUAUUUUGAUGGGGCGCUGAAGAUGUUUAUGGGGUUGAAGAAUGGGUAUAUGCUGGUGUAUAAGAUCCCUUCGGACGAGGGUGAGCUGCGGCCAGGAGGCAGACUAAUCAACUUUGUGUGGUACCACGAGAUGGCAGAAGGAUCUCCAGACCUGAAGAUGGCUAUGACCGAUAUCAACGGCAAGGAGCACUUCAACACCGUCACACGGGAUCUGCUCCAGCCACAGGCGUGGGAAAAGCAAAAGGCCUUUGGUGUUCCGCAAGUUCCACUUCCAUUUCAAGAGCUUCUGCAAACGGCGACCUCAAUCUUCAUCACCAAGAUUAACGAUUCAGCGACGUCACAGCCGGUAGUGCAGGAUCGAUUGUUCUUCGUCGGUGACGCGCUCCGUGCCCUGCGUCCUCACAAUGCGCAGAGUACGAACCAGGCUGGGUUUCAUUGUCGAUUGCUUGAGCAAGUGAUCCUAGGGAACAUGACGACCAAGGAAUGGCAGCACGAAGUCGUCAGCCAGGGCCGUAUAACAGGAGAAAUGAGUACAUUCAUCGGCAUGAUGGGAUUUCGUCGCAAGUUCGCCAUGCUCGCAGCGUAUCUACGCCAUCUCAGGCUGGUUUGUGUCUACAAAUUCGUCGGGUUCUGGGGCUGGCUUUUCAGGGGACGGAAGAGCACUGGAUAUAAAGAAUUUCUCAACAAUUAGAUAGUUCUCGACGUGGAUUCUAUGCUCUGAAUGACAGAGGUUGUCAGCUAUCUAUCUGAAGACUAUGGUGCUGG